AUGAUAGCAAUUUAUAUUGUAAAAAGUUAUAGGAGCCACGCGAUUUGGUCAGUGACCUCUAUUCUACCCGCAUCAUGUGGAUACGGUGGUUAUGGUCGAGGAUAUGGUGGAUGGGGUCGUGGAUACGGCGGAUACGGUGGUUAUCCCGGCUACGGUUUCCAUAGAGGUGGCUAUUACGGAGGUGGACCCUACGGAUACGGUGGUUACGGUGGAUAUGGCGGAAGAGGAUUCGGUGCCGGACUACUCACUGGACUGCUUUUCGGAUAA